AAGAGGAGAAGCUCGGGCUCGCGGUGCGCAUUUUGUGCUUUAUCUGUCCGUCAUACAGAUCGCACGACCGCGGUGUUCCGAUAUACACGCUACUAUUCCCCUCUUUCUCUUUCUCGCGACAUUCAUUUCCUGUUGCAUUGCAUAAUUGCACGUUAUUAGGCUGUACUCGUGUGUUUGCUUCCGUCACACGUCUUGGACGGAACUUCUCGACAAGUUGAAUUCUCUUGCUGCGCAGCGGCGUAUAACACGCAGGGUGUCCCAACGCACAUGGGUCAAUGCUCGUAAAAAGGGUCCAAAGAUGCCGUUAUCAGAGUUCCGCAAGAAAAAAUUACUUUUCGUUUUCAACGCUUUCUUUGUGCUUAAUGGACGAAAGGCUCGUGGACGCAUUUCAAUAUGUUAAUCAAAGUGGCACCAUCGAUAUAAAAGAUUUUGAUCUUGCAGUACAACGAAUCUGCAACUCCAGGCAUUGGAAACCAGACGAUGCCACGUCGCAACACAUUAAAGACACUUUAACAAAAGUUUGGGAAGGAUUAAAACAACGAGCCGAUGCCGAUCAAGAUGGACAGAUCAGUCGAGAUGAAUGGUAUUCGAUGUGGGAGGAAUAUGCCAAAGAUCCAACACACGCCCUCGAGUGGCAACAAACGUACAUGAACUUCAUGUUUGAUCUUGAAGAUUCUUCUGGUGACGGAUCGAUCGACGAGACUGAAUUCAGCAAAGUGUGUAGCAGUCACGGCGUCGAGGAGGCCGAGGCACGUGAGGCAUUUAAAAAAUUGGGGGUGGGCACAGAGGUAACUCGUGAGAAAUUCGCCGAUUUGUGGAAGCAAUAUUUCAGCUCUGACGACCCAAGCGUACCUGGAAACUUUAUAUUCGGAAAAACUUCUUUCUAAUUUUGCACCUCUGUAAAAUUGAAUAUACAUUAUAUAUAUAAUUUUAUGAAAUAUGUUUAUUUUAUGCAAAUGUAUGACUCAUUGAUAAGAUAGACGCAAUUUUGUAAUCUAAUAGUCAAAAUUCUAUUUUGUUUAUUCAUGUGAAAUUCAAGAGAUAUCAAGAUAAUGAAUAUAAUUAUAGUCAAACGGUUGAGAGAAUCUUACAUUAUACUCCGUACUCUAUAUUAUCGCUUUCUUAUAGUUGCAGUUACAACAUGUUUAAUUCUGAAGUGUUUGUAUGAAAAUAGUUGCAGUUACAACAUGUUUAAUUCUGAAGUGCUUGUAAGAAUAAAUUUUCACUUAAAUGCUAAUUCAAGUUCAUUAAAAUUUUUGUCAUUACAACUUUGAUAGCUUAAAAUACCAUUAAAUAGGAAUUAUAAAAAUAACAUUUAAUAAGAUUUUUUUUAGAAUAAA